CGAUGAUUUCUUAAUCCCUGAAGGCUAGAAUUGUUGAAGUGCAGGACAGUGGGAAAUGUGGCCACUAGAAAACAUCAAAACAGAGAUGCAGAAGAAGACAUGCUUUGAGAGUUGAGACUGAAGAACUCAAAACUCUUUUGGACAAGCAAUUAUCCUGUUUUCACCCUCAAAAGAAUUCUCUCUUCCUUUUCGGUCCAAUUCUGUCAUUCUGAACACGACAAUCAAUUGAUUCAUUGCGUAAGUCCUGACGUGGUGGAGGGUCGGUAGUGGGGGGUUGGUGAAGUCUACUGUCUACUUCGCUACCUUACUCCGCCAUUAUAAAAUCGAAACUCCACCGCUCAUCAUUUUCUCCAACCCACUUCCAGUUUUCCCGAGCGAAAGAAAGAGCUGCCCGGAAUCUUCGAGGGUCAAAAAUGGCGUCAGUGAAGAGAAUUAAGCUGGGUUCUCAAGGUCUUGAAGUCUCAGCUCAAGGCCUUGGUUGCAUGGGUAUGUCCGCCUUCUAUGGCCCUCCAAAGCCUGAUUCAGACAUGAUCGCCCUAAUCCACCAUGCCAUCAACAGCGGCGUCACUCUCCUUGAUACAUCCGACAUAUACGGACCUCGCACCAACGAGAUCCUUCUCGGAAAGGCUUUGAAAGGAGGGUUUAGGGAGAAGGUUGAGCUUGCUUCCAAAUUUGCGAUCGUUUAUGAGGAGGGGAAGAGAGGAGUUCGUGGAGAUCCUGCCUAUGUAAGAACUGCCUGCGAGGCCAGCUUGAAGAGGCUUGAAGUUGACUGUAUUGACCUUUAUUACCAGCAUCGCGUUGACACCACCGUUCCAAUUGAAGUCACGGUUGGGGAGCUGAAGAAACUGGUUGAAGAGGGUAAAAUCAAGUAUAUUGGUCUGUCUGAGGCCUCGGCCGCGACGAUCAGAAGGGCUCAUGCAGUUCAUCCUAUAACUGCAGUGCAGUUGGAGUGGUCCUUGUGGUCAAGGGAUGUGGAGGAAGAGAUUAUCCCUACUUGCAGAGAACUAGGGAUUGGGAUUGUCGCCUACAGUCCCCUUGGCCGGGGAUUCUUCGCUUCAGGGCCUAAACUUCUUGACAGCCUUGCGGAAGGAGACUUCCGAAGGAUGCAACCAAGGUUCCAAGGCGAAAACUGGGAUCACAACCAGACCCUCUUCGAGAGGGUUUCUGAAAUCGCAAACCGAAAAGGAUGCACACCGUCACAACUGGCGCUUGCAUGGGUGCACCACCAGGGAGAUGAUGUAUGCCCCAUUCCAGGAACCACCAAGAUUGAGAACUUCAACCAGAACAUUGGAGCUCUAUCUGUCAAACUAACACCAGAAGAGAUGUCUGAACUAGAAGCGAUCGCAUCUACUGAUGCUGUGAAAGGUGACAGAUACAUGGCAGGCAUGUCCACUUUCAAAGGUGCUGACACUCCACCUCUGUCUUCCUGGAAAAGCCAAUAGAAAGUGCUGUUCUUUAAUUGCUUUGAGUGAGUAAUGGUUUGGCAAUAAAAUGAGCUUUCUGAGUUCAAUUUGAAGUUCUGCAAUUUUCCAUAACGAGGGUAUUCUCAUGCAGUCAUUGCCUCCCUGCCCCUGGUGUCGAUAUGUAACACUUUGUAUUGACAGAGCUUUGUACUGUACCGAUUAUUGAUGAAUAGAUGAAUCGAUAUCUUCCCUUUGACACAUUCGAACUUCCUCAUGCCCACUAUUGUUUUUCUGUUCCUGUUUUGUAGAGUUCUGUUGAACUCACUUCCGUACACUUUCAGCUUAGACGUUGCUAUAGAAGCUGCUGCCUUCCAUUAUUAUCUAGUGUUCUUGCAUUGCUUGUUAUUGAUGGUUAUUGGAAGAGAGAAUUCAUAAAUCGCUGAGUUUUGA